AUGAAUGAUAACGACGAUCCCGUGGAACCAGUUCCUCCAGUUCAGAAUAAAAGCAAAAAAAUAGAUAAUAAAUUUACUCCAACCUCCGUUGAUAGUAACGUUACUUUAGUGAAUAAUGACCGUUCAACUUGCAACCUUGAAGAACCAACUGUUCAGAAGAAGGGCAAUAAUAAAUUCUCUACCAAAGAGCAAUAUCAUAUCGCUCAUGAUUCAAAUGAACGCGUCACCAACAAGGAAUCUAAUAAAGAACGUUACCUCACUGAAACGGAAACAGAUCCGAUUCAGACUAAAUCAAAAGUUAGAAUGCGUGAAAAUGAACUAGAAAGAGAACAAAAAAAUGCUAAAAAAGUGAAAUUAUUAAAAAAUUUUGGACAGCUUUCAACUGUUUCGAUUCAGCCUAAAUCAAAAGAUGUUAGGAUGCGUGAACAUGAUCUUGAGCCACGAGAAGUGGUUAAAAAGGCAAAAUUAGUAAAUGAAUCUGAAGAUUCAGAAAAUCGACGCGGUUCUACAUCACAAACCAUUUCACAAAAUAAUAACAGUCUUGCUGAUAUUCACAAUGAUUCAUCAUCCUCCCGGAAUAAAUCUUUUCUCAAGAAGAGUUUUGACAUGAUCAAAAAUUUUAUUGGAUAUGAAGAUGUUCCAGAUGAUAAAACCGUUCAAGUCGUUUUUCAUGUGCAUUUACCGUUCCGUUCCGAGAAUCCUGUUAUAGUUGGUAAUAUAGAGGAGCUUGGUAAUUGGGAAGAACCUAAGGUUAAACUCAUUCAAUACAGAAAUGAUUAUUCGGAGCAUAAAUCUUAUUGGUAUUCAAUGCCUAUUCGUAUCCCGAUCGAAAGAUUUCAAUCAAACGCUGUUGAAUAUAAGUAUGCGGUGUCGUCUUCGGACAAUCGCUUGCAAUUUGAAGGGGAAGGACCAAAUGACAAUCGUGUGCUAGAAAUUCAACGUCAAAAAUUUGAUAUUUGGAAAAAUAACUCAAUCAAUAGUAUUAAACAUAUCACUGAUUAUAUGUUCUUGGAUGUGAUUUAUUAUUCCGUUACUUUAAAAAACAUUAAGGAUAUGAUUCUGGAAUAUAAUUGUAUCCUGAAAGAGUAUCGAAAAUUAACAUCAUCCGUAACGAAUAUUCAAUUUAUUAUCAAACAUGCAUCGGAAAAUUUUGUUGGUAAACAGCUUUUCUUAUGCUUUCUUUUAGGACAUAUUCGCGGAAGAUUUGAAUUUCCAAAAAAUUUUCAAUCAACUCCUUUGCUUCAAGCUUUAUUAGUGGUACAAUCAGACACAUUUCCAACCGAUAGUUGGCAUAUUGUAUUGAAAGGAAUUGAUCAUCUGAUUCAUCACAAUAUUAAUAAUGCUUUAUUCGGAUGGCUCAAAAUCUUUAACAUCGCACAAAUUAUCGAUCAUAAAUAUAAUUUCGUCGACAAAAUAACUUUUAGUAAAUGUAAUGAUAACAAAUAUAUCGAAGGUUGUUUCAAAUAUAUACUGAAGCGUAAAUUUGAUGAAAAUAAUCGUGUAAAAAUUAUCAAGUGGUUGAUGAGUCAAUGCAAAAACAUGAAAAUUUUAUCAAUCGUUUGGCAAUCUUCAGAUAAAACGGACGAUCAAUAUUUGGUAGAAAGGUCUGAAAAAAUUAUAUCUAAAGAUGAUCCCUUCGUUUUGCAUAAAACUUUUAGCGAGCUUCCUGAUGACAUUAGGGAUAAAGUCGCGAAUCUAUUUCGAAAAAGGGCACUUCAACUAUUAAUCAAUGUUCGUCGUUCUGCUACCUUGGAUGAUUCUCAAUCCAAAUCGAUGUCUGAUCUUUUAAAUUCUGCGCGUCUACAUUGGACGAAAGAUGAAUACAUUGUCAUAUUGGAAACUGUGUCAACUUUAGAAAAUUAUCAGUUAUUACGCUCGUUUUCAUCAUUCCUGAAAAAUUGGAUUGAAAUGACUAAAAAUAUUGAUAAUCAAAUAGCACAGAUAUGUAUUCAAUGGUAUAAAAAGUUUAUCGAUCGUACAGAUCACACAACAGCUCAUAAAGAAGAAUACGUAACCGCAGUUUUUGAGAAGUUGUCAUACACCUGUUCAGUAGUAAAGGAAAAAUCCAUCUUGGACAAAUUAAUGACGAUAACGUUCAAUUGCAUAAGAAAGUCCUCAGUACAAUCAAUCUUUAAUGUUACAAAUAAAGUAGUAAAAUUUGGCCCAGAAGCAGAACAUGUAUUUACAAAAGUUAUUUAUGAAAAGAUUGAAUCAAUGGAUCUAGAUUAUGAUGAACAGUUAUUAAAGAAAAUGCAAGGCAUUUGUGGUUGUACUGGUAAAAGUUUAGAGAUCCCAAAUGAGUUUUGUGAAACUAUCUUAUUUCACAUCUUGUCACGUUUGCAUAAGAAAUCUUCAAAUGUUUGUUCAAAAGUAUCUUUGCUUGGAUCCGCUAACUUCUGGAUUAUAAUUUUACGAGCGACUGGCAGUACCAAAAAGUUUCAUUCUCAUCAACUUGUGCAAGAAACAAAAACAACCAUUCUCGAUUUGGCUGAUAUGAUUAAAAAUUGUUCUAUUAAUAUUCAACUUCUCCAGGACCUACUUAAUCUUAAUGAUGAUGACCUAAAUUAUUAUUUAAAUUCUGCAAAUUUUAGUAGUGAAGAAAUCAUUACUAAGGAAACAUUGGUUAAAGUUCGACAGAAUUGUCACUCAUAUGAACAGAGAUUAAAAAUUCUGGGCGAUUUUUAUAUGAGGUUUUGUCCGUUACAAAAAACCAAGGGUGCGCAAAAUUAUUUUGAUGAAUUAAUAGAACGAAGUAACAAGUUGGGUUCAAUCUCACUAAAAGAAGCCUUAUCAGAAGAUCAUUGGAAUUUCCAUAAAGAAAUUAUAUCAAUAGCAGAGAGUACAUAUAGAUUGAACGAGUCUCGUAUAUUUUAUAACGUUUUUGAAAAACGUUUAAAUGAAGAAUAUAAAAAUAAAUGUGAAUACGACGAAACAAUAAAUGUUGAAUAUAUAGCUCAAAGGUUAAUGAAAUAUGUUUUAAGAGAAUAUACUGCUAGGUGUAAGCAAUAUAAAAAUUGGGAAGAUCUCAAAUAUUCUGAGGAAAUACCAUUUUGGUGUAAUAUUUCUAAUUUUGACAAUGAGAUUAGGUUGAUGGAAAAGUAUGGCAAUAUUAAAAUACGUAAAAGUAAAAUAUUCAUGAUAACGAUAGAAUUUCUUUCCAGGAAUAAGGAUUGGGAAGAACGUAUAGAAAAUUUAUCCAAGAUUAUCAAGAUUUUUGAUGUCAAAGAAAACUGGCUUAAAGGCCUGAUUCAUCACGAAGAUUUGGGCAAAUUAAGUAACUCCUUUAGUACAAUAGAUAAAAACUUUUCCAAAUUCAAUAAUAAUAGUUGGGCUUUUAUCAAAGAAUUGUCUCGUUCCGAAGAAUUUAUAGAAUUUCUAAAUGACAAAACAGAUGGCGAUUUGAAAAAUUUGAUUAAUAGCGUCGAUGAACAUUCAGAUACGCGAUUGAUCCAGGAAGGCACCAUUUCUUCGCUUAUUCAAGUUAAGCAGUCCAUACAACAAUUUAUAAAUAAUGCAAACUUAACUUUGGAUACAUUCUUAAAAGAACUAAAUGAUGUCGUCCAAAAUCCUUCUUUAACAAGUAAAUUAUCUUUAUGCAAUAGUAAUAUUAUGGCUUUAAAAAAUAUGUAUGAAUCCAUCUUUAACAAAGGUGAAGUUACAAAGGAAAAGAUUCAAAAUGCCGUGAAUAUUGGUACUUAUGAAUUUGUUAAAAUGAAAGAUAAUGAAGUCUGCAAUGUAGCGUUGACAUAUACCUCUAGAUCAGAAGCCAUGAGGUACAAUAUUAAUGAGUUACAGGAUUUACGAAGCAGAGCACUUUUAAUUUCAAAGGCUGGUGUUUCUUUUGAACAAAUUGAUGAUGACAUUGUUAGCAAAAUGGAGGAAUUUGUAAAGCAGGUGGACAUUGCGCAAAAUAUAAUUAUUGCAAUGAAAAAAUUGACACAAUUGGGUCAUUUUGGAUAUCGAAAGUAUAUUAAAUCAGCUAAAGGUACUAAUAAUUUAGAGGAAAUAUCAAUUAUAUUGAGGAAUGAUUUGGAGAUCUGGGAGGAUAUAGUUAAUCGAGUACAAGAAAAUUGUUAUUACCUAAAUUUUUAUCCGGCAAGACACGUAUUAGCAUUUUAUGAUUACUACACUAUCAAGAGCGAGCAAGUGGAAAUAACAGAAACUUGUCAAACGCUAGUGUCAUUUGUCAAUCGGAAAGCCAAAUCAUUGCUACGAAAAGGUCAAGAAUUUAAUUGUCAAAAGGAUAAAUAUGAUCAAGUUUUAAAAGAAAUUAAUGAUCGAUUAGAAAAAAUUUUUGGAACCCUCCAAAAACAUGCACGGACGGUUCGACCAGUUCCAAAUUGGAAAGAACGCGUAAUUUCAGAUACGGUAAAACGUGGAGAGUUAUUUGUCGCAGCUUGUAACAAUAAAUCGAAAGUUCCUAAUAUAAUAAUGUCAUUUUAUGUCAAUCAUGAAGUUUAUCCUGAGCCUUGGCAACUUUUGAUAUGUAUGACAUCAACUACUGAAGAAGAACUUUCAAUUUUUAUCAAACGAUGCUUUUUUGCAUCAAAAAAUGGUUAUCAAGGACAUUUAUUCUGCAUUGCGAAUUUAGAAUUACUAGAUUUCGAAUUGCAAUAUUAUCUCGUAAAUAGGAUUAGGUUUUUCAUGGAAAGGGUGGAUAAUUAUUUUUUAGCGUUGAUAUGCUGUUCUGAAACUGGCAUGCAUCAUCAUAUCUUGGACCAGUUUUCUGAAAAUGUUCACGCUACUGAUGGACUUGGCGCCGUAGCAAUGAAGACUAUUUAUCGCGAAUUAUGUCAAAAGGUUAUGUGUGUAACAUCAGCAUUAUCUGGACAAGGAAAAACACAAUUCAUUAAGCAAAUGAGUUCUGAAAAUGGCAAAAGCUUGGUUCCUUUUCUCAUUAAUGAUGGAGCUAGCUAUAAUUCACUUAUUAGGCAACUUAAAAAUUCUCAUAUUCAGCAGGUUUAUGAUAAUAUUCAUAUAAACAUUAUAUCUACUGAUAACCCUGUAGACGUUAAUAUGUUUUUGUUUCAAUUAUUAACUUUUGGAAUUGUUUCAAACAACGAAUAUGUUACAAGUCUUCCAGAUACCAAUAUUUUUAUUGAAAUAGCUAAUAACCAUUUACUCGAAUCCCUCCCAUUUAUUAAUUGUUUGAAAAAUACACAUUUAUUAUGGGAUAUUAAUAACUUGAAGGUUUCCGAGAUAAUACAUAGUCCAAUUCAAGUUGUUUGUCGUUAUUUGGAUCUUUAUGAUAAGAAGAGGCUCGACAAAGAAAAUAUCUUUUUCCGACCAUGUGAUAAAAGCAUUGAUCAGAAAUCUUGUCGACAACUUUUGUACAAAUAUUUCUUUAGCAAGAUUGACCCUAAUAUUUUAUCUUUUCGCUUUUUAGAAAUUUUUGUAAAUUUUCUUGCAGACCAAUUAAAAAGAUUAUCAGGAAGCCCUUUCUUCACCGUUAGCAAUUUAAAAUUUAUGACAAGAGAUCUUAAUAUUCGAUCAACAUUGUUUAAUAUUCUACUUGAUGUUUCAAAUGAUUUUGCUACAAAAUCAAUCAAAACAAAAUCUGCACAAUUGCAAGCCAUUUCAAACAAAGCCACAGACGAAGUAGACCAAUUAGAAAACCUUGUUCAAUGGGAUGAUUCUAAUCAUCUUUUGGUACUUUUUAUGUCUCAAUCCCCAGAAUCGAUUUGCACUUUAUAUCGAGACAAAAAAGUAGUUCCAAAUAAUGUUUUAAGUUUGCUGGAGAGUCAAAGAUGGAAAGUCGUAGACUAUCAAACCAUGCCUUCGGAAGAAUUAUUAUUUAUUUUGGAACGCUUGGCUCGACAUACGAUGUAUGAAAUUAAGUAUCAACCAUAUGCUUUAACGGCGGAUAAUGUGUUGAAAAUGGCAUUGAUGUUGUUGAGAACACGAGCUAAUAUUCCGGUAGUUAUAUGUGGAGAGGCAGGAUGCGGAAAGACAAGCUUAAUAAGUUUCCUGGCUAAGAUGGUGGAAGUCGAAUUUGACGCACUUAACCUUCAUGCCGGUAUUACAGAACAAGCUAUCAAAGAUUUCAUGAAAAAGUCUGGUAAAAAAGCCAAAACUAGUGAGAUAUGGUUAUUUUUUGAUGAAAUAAACACUUGCAAUCACAUAGGAUUAUUGGCAGAUCUUAUUGCUCAUCGAAUGUUUGAUGGCAAACAAAUUCAUCAAAAUAUUCGGUUAUUUGCCGCCUGCAAUCCAUAUCGUGUUCGGAAGAAGGGUGUCAGUAAAGUUGGAUUAAAACCAAAAAAGAUUAUAUUCAAUCAACGAAAUACUCUUGUUUAUGAAGUUAAACCCCUUCCGGAUCAAAUUUUAGAUUACGUUUGGGAUUAUGGUACACUUCAAUCGAAAGAUGAAAAGAUUUAUAUUCAAAUUAUGGUACAAAAGGCGAAAUUAAAUCCUGUCUUUGCGAAAUUAUUAUUCGCAUCACAAGAAUUUAUUCGUAAUGUCGAAGAGCAUUAUAGUAUCAGUUUGCGUGAUGCUAAAAGAGCCAUUAAAUUGGUUGACUUUUUUUAUAAAAGUUUUCAAACGCGUCAAAGUGAAAGAAUAAAUUAUUUUGGUUAUUCUUCAGAUAUUGUCAUUCGAUCUUAUGUUUUAGCAUUAGGUUUAUGUUAUCAGUCUCGCUUAUAUGAACACGAGUUAAGAAGAAAAUAUCGUGAAAUGAUAUGUAAAAUAUUCAGUAAUAUGAAAGAAUCCGAUUUUAAUGAAAUAAUAAGAGAUGAACAAAUGGACUAUAUGAAAAGAAUGACUUGUCCACCAAAUACUGCAUUCAACGAAGCAUUAUUGGAGAACGUACUGGCUGUUAUCGUUUGUAUAAUGUGUAAAAUACCACUCUUCAUUGUCGGUUCUCCGGGCUCUUCAAAAUCACUUGCGAUCAGACUUGUGCAUCAGAAUCUUAAAGUUGGUUUGGCCGAAACCAGUCCUUAUAAUCCUUUAAAAGUUCUUCACUCAUUGUUGGAGCCAAGUUAUCCAGCUGAUGGUCCUACAGUUUCAGUGAUUGGAAUAUCAAAUUGGCGUCUGGACAACAGUAAAAAUAGCAGAGCAUUAUUAAAGUUAAUUUCUGCAGAUCCACCCCUUUUAAAUAGAUUCGAAAAACAAAGGAUGGAAAUAAAUAAUAUCCUCAAUAAAGACGAAAUAGAAUUAGUCAAUCAACUGAGAGAAUGGACGCGGCAAAUGGCAACUGUUGCAAGUACAGCAGAAACAUCUUAUCACAACUUUACUAUAGAGGAUUUAUUUAUAGGCUUUAAUGAAGAAGAAACAUUGCAAAGCUUAAUCAUUGAUACCAAGAAAAAAGAACCUAGAAUAAGCGAUGAGGAAAUACUUGAAAAAUGCAAGGAAAAUUUAAUAGCAAUUGCUACAACAGAUGGAAUGGUUCGAAUCGAGAGAUCUCCAUUGGAUUUUGAAGAAAUUCAAUAUUUGAAAAACGUUUAUUUCCAAGUUCAGCAUCAUGAUGAUAUAGCAGAUUUUUUCCAAGACUUGUUGCGCGGACAAAUAGUGAAUUUCAAUGGUCAUUUGGUCAUAAUUAAUACAUUUUCCAACAUUAACGCAGAUGUUGCAUCCAAUUUAAAUGGAAUCACAAGGAAUAUCACAAAUCCUAUUCUUUUACACGUAUUUUGGUGGAAAUCUGCUAGUUCCACUUUGGCAGCAUUUCGACUAAUUCACAAGUGUCCUUUGAUCCUCAAUGAGAUUAUUAUUAAUGAUGAUGAACUAGCAUAUGUAGAAAAUUUAGAACAACAAAUUGUGGAUGAAGUUACUAGUUUAAUGCUUAAAAAAUUUGGUAAUGGUAAAGAAAUUGUUGAAUUACAAUUCGAAAUUAGAAAUGUAUUGAAUCUCUGCGAAAAAUUUUCCAACUUUAAAAAGACCGAAUCUUUUCAAUUGUUACGAAUUUGCAAUGAUCUAUUAUCAACCGAAUCAAUUCCACUGAAGAUCAUUAAGAAAAUGAUCAAGACUAAAGGAAACGAAGAAAUAUUUUCAUCAAUGUAUAUUCGCAGAAUCUUUAAGAUUCUUACCAACUUUAAAGGCAUUGAAUCAAAAAAUAUAUUAUUUGCAAAGCAAUCUUUUAUCAUGAGGAGUUUAGAGAUUAUCCCAUUCGAUUCACCUUCCAAGUUAGAAUUUUAUCAUACUUUAUUUUUAGAAGAUCCCUUCCCUCUUAUGGGACAAAUCAUUAAAAGUAUGUUUGAAGAAGAAAGCAAAAACAAGCCUUUCGAAUUCUUCACGUGGUUAAAUAAUCCUAAAAAGAUGUUAGAUAUACCAUUAUUUGGAAUGAUAAAUACUUGUAUCGAAGAGAAAGGCUGUCACUCUUCAAUAGCAGCACUAUUCUGCGACCGCUAUUGA